GUGUACAGAGAGAAAACGACGACCGCGACUCGAACGAACCUGUGGAGCCGCGAGUCGGCGAACGAACCGACCGAAGUGCGAACCGCUCACCGAUUCCAAAGUCCGCCGGCAGGUAGGCAGGUUCAGUUGUCUCUGAACCCCCGAACUGUUCGGACGUGUUUUCCAGAAGCAACUUUUCACCAUCGCGAAUACGGUGAACGUAGGCUCUCGUCGCGAUCUCGUCUUCGACACGGUACUUGAAACACGCGCGUACAUCCCGCAUCCUCAAGAAUACGCAGACACGCGUUAUUGAAGUGCUCGCAAAGGGAAAAAGAAAACGAGGGAGUUGUCGAUCCGUUGGUCGGAAAAUCGAACGUUCGGGAGAAUCGAUUCGCGCGACAUCGCGAGAACCAGCCAGCCGCAGUUGUCGUGUACAGGCUCUCGCACCCUCUUCCGCGUCGGUAGAACAGCCCCGCGAGAAUCAACCACCUGUUCGCCUGUCUGCUUCUUUCUCUCUCUCUUUUUCCCUCUGCCCAACGAGGACGUCGAGACGCCGCGAGACGAAGGGGAGAACGAGGUCGUCGCUGAGUCGAACGGACGGUCUGCUAAAACGUAGCCGACACGUAAAAUGGUUGCUUCACAAAACGACGGUGGCAGAAGCAUGGGCGGUGGUGGCGGCGGCGGCGGCGGCGGCGGCGGCGGCGGCGGCGGCGGCGGCGGUGGCGACGACACGGUUUACACGGUGACCGUGAGCGGGGUCGGUUACAGAAAUGAGGGUUACAAGGACGACGGCACCGACGGCAUACCGCCGGAGCCGCAAAAGCCGCCGCAGCUGCCGGCCGCGGACGACGACACGCAGUCACGGAAGUUCAAGCUGUCGCGCGGCGAAAAGUGGCGUAUCCUGAAGAACAUCGGCACCGUGUCGAUCGCCUUCAUGGUGCAGUUCACCGCGUUCCAGGGUACGGCGAACCUCCAGUCAUCGAUCAACGCCAGCGACGGCCUCGGCACGGUCUCGCUUUCGGCAAUUUACGCCGCCCUGGUGCUUUCCUGCAUCUUCGUGCCGACCUUCCUCAUCAAGAGGCUAACCGUCAAGUGGACCCUCUGCGUGUCCAUGCUGUGCUACGCGCCGUAUAUCGGCUCUCAAUUCUAUCCCAAGUUCUACACCCUGGUGCCGGCCGGCGUUCUCUUGGGUCUCGGCGCCGCGCCUAUGUGGGCCGCCAAGGCCACGUAUCUCACACAAGUCGGUGGCGUCUACGCCAAGAUCACCGACCAGCCGGUCGACGCCAUCGUCGUACGGUUCUUCGGGUUCUUCUUCUUGGCGUGGCAGACGGCCGAGCUCUGGGGCAACCUCAUCUCCUCGCUUGUGCUGAGCGACGGCGGUCACGGCGGCGGAAGUGGCGGCAGCAGCAGCAACAGCACGGACAGCUGGGACAAGAUCAAGUUGUGCGGCGCUGAUUUCUGCAUCCUCGGCAACGGAGGCCACGAGAACCUGGAACGGCCGCCGGAGUCGGAGAUCUACGAGAUCUCCGCGAUCUACCUCACCUGCAUCAUCGUCGCGGUGAUCAUCGUCGCGCUCUUCGUCGAUCCGCUCUCCAGGUACGGCGAGAAGCAACGACGCUCGGACAGUCAAGAGCUGAGCGGCAUCCAACUGCUCUCUGCUACGGCUUACCAGCUGAAGAAACCCUACCAGCAACUGUUGAUACCUAUCACGGUAUGGAUCGGCAUGGAACAGGCUUUCAUCGGUGCCGACUUUACGCAGGCGUACAUCUCCUGCGCCCUGGGUGUCCACAGGGUCGGCUACGUCAUGAUCUGCUUCGGGGUGGUCAACGCAGGCUGCUCCUUGCUGUUCGGCUCGUUAAUGAAAUUCGUCGGCCGACAGCCGCUGAUGGCGUUGGGUGCCAUCGUUCACGCCUCCCUCGUGGUCGUCCUUCUCAUGUGGAAGCCUCACCCUGACAAUCCCUACAUUUUUUAUUCCGUUUCCGGACUGUGGGGUGUAGGUGAUGCCGUGUGGCAGACGCAGGUUAACGGACUCUACGGCACGUUGUUCAGGCGCAACAAGGAGGCAGCCUUCUCCAACUACAGACUGUGGGAGAGCGCCGGUUUCGUGAUCGCCUAUGCGUACAGCACACACCUUUGCGCCCGCAUGAAGCUAUACGUGUUGCUAACAGUGCUGAUCACCGGCACGAUGGGCUACAUUGUCGUGGAGCUGCUGCACAGGCGCAAGCAACGGCGGCUCAAGGCGAUCGCCGAGGACCCGAAGGCCGCCCAGGCCGAGGUGAAUCAGCCAGAGGAGACCGACGACGAGAAGGACGACCUCGACGACGAGAUCAUCAUCACCCACCUGUGAGCGACGACGACGCGGUCGUUCCUCCUCAUCUUCGCAUUACGACGGGACCGCUCGUCUCGUCGACGGGGAAAUCGACGAUAACGGCGGGAAGCUGCCGGGAAACAGCCGAUCGAUCGUUCGAUUUCGUGGACACAUUUUCCUAAUCCGACGAACUCUUCCUCUCUAUCCUCUCUCGUUCUCGAUCGCGGGAUCGGCUGUGCAGCUGUCCAUCGCGAUUCCCCGUCGACGAUGAUCGCAACGUGAGGGAAAUUCGCACCACGACGUGGAGUCACGCACACAAGAGCGCAAUAUAAGGAGAGAGGACUCGCGAGAUCAAGGCCGGCACGACCUCCAAGUGUGAACCGCGCACCUUCCACGAUGAAGUGGAAGCACCCAGCGUCAACCGCCUCCCCGCGAGGAAACGCAUGUCAAUUCGGCUCUCCUGCUCAACGGGAGCAGAACGAGUCAAUGAUGGACAACACUUGUCGACGCUUGUGCGGUGCUGAGGAACGCGUCGUAGAGAUCGUUCUCGUGCUAUUGGGAACGUGGGACUUCUGCCGACGUAGCUCGCAGCUUUCGAAUCGCUGCGAGAUACACGGCGACGAACCAUCCCGACGACGACGACGGCGCUCGUGGUGGCUGCAAUCUCGACGUUAUGUUCGCGGCAGGAUUGCGAUCGAGUGCGCGCGGUUUCACGCGUGGCUGAACAGUGCAUCUCGUUGCGCGCUCGCGAAAGAAACCCGGCGGUCCCGGAACUUGUCAAGUUCGUCCGGUAUUUAUUACGUGCAGGAUUGUCGAAUACUGUUCCCGGCGAACCGGAAACGGCAGUCAUCACUUGCCAUCGCGGAUCCUUCGGGAAGAACAAUUGAAAAAAAAUCGAUUCUAUCUUUUGCAGAUUGCCGAAUGUUGUCGAGUAUUGUAUCUUUAGCGAUUUUCUUCCGUGGAGUCCUUUACCGACUCCUUGAUUCUGAAAACUCGGAAUUUCAGUAUUUAUAUCCUCUUAAGAGUGUGCUCCAUUACUCGUUCGUACCUUUUGCUCGACAUUUAUUGCAAAAACGAAGGGACACGCGCUGAUGUCAAUGUCAGUCGAAUGCAUUCAGUGGUCUGUGCGAAUUAAUGAUCACCCGCGAACAUUUUUACUUCGAGAUACUUAAUUAACUGCAAAGAUUACUGUAUAUCGUGUUUAAACACGAAAAUGCGCAAUGAUGUGUCUGCAAUCUGUAAUUAAUGCAAAUUGGCAUAAGAAUCGACAGAAAUUGGUCGUAUUUGAAUAAUGAUGUCCUCCGGUUUUGUUGAAAUUUACAAUACUCUAUUCUUGAAAGAAAAAAAAAAAGGAAAACGAGAAAAAAGAUUGAAAAAGAGAAACUCACUGGCUUACGUCGAGGAACGGCGUUUUUGCGAGUAAUGAAUGUCGUUAUCGGUCACGUCGGCGCGGCGAGAUUCCCCCGCAUUUUUCGUGCGCGGAACCCACGCGAGAAGCACGUGAGAUGUGUGCGUUGGUCUGUAGGUUACAACAGUAUUCUACCUGCAAAGAAAAGGCGAGCUAAAAGGAACUGACAGAGAUUCAUUUAGAGCGCGCGAAUUCCUAAUCGUCGGGGAUUCAAAUCACGCGUGAUUCGCUCGGGCAUUCUGUUUAAAAUUCUUUUAUCUCGCUUCGCGGAAGCAAAUUUGUUUUAAUAGAAAAGACCGGCUUGAAAAGAUCGUUUCUCUCGUGAGAGUGACAAGGUACCAAAGUAAGCUUUUCUCUUCCUCGCAAGUCUAUCGAGUUACGUCACUUUUUUUUAAGAUAAGAUUGAGUAAAUGAAGGUUGGAGAACUCGCUGCUGGAAGGCAGCUGGAAGGAGGAAUCUAAAGCUGGAAGAUUGAAAAUUCCGCGGAACGAAUCUCUGUCGAUCUUUACCGCUCGACCUAUUUUCUGCGGGGACUUUAUCGCGCACCACUUUUCACUUGCCCUUGUAGCGUUCUCGACUGCACAGAUUUUCAUCGGCUUGGGACGAAUUGAUGAAGUGUUCAAGCCUUUAUCCUGCCUGUGAUUGACCAGUGGAGGCUUAUGACGUCAUUGAUCAACCUUGAAUCGAUCAAAACCCGUAUAGUCGAAAACGCCAUCAGAGACCUAGGAAAAGGUGCAAGAAACAUAUCAAGUUACUAGAAACACCGUAAUCCGCUUGGAUACAACAUUCCGUCCUACCAUAUUCUACCCGAUAGCUUAAGAGUCUACGACAUAAGCUUAGGAAUACGGACGCAAUCCUAGCGAGAUCCAUUCUUCGCCGUGCCGAUGGAACGCCGAUUAUCUCUCUGACCGAAAUGGAAAGACGCGAGAUUUUACAAAGAAACGUAAAUUGAACGUUUUGAUUCUCCGUUUCGCCAUUUUUGUGUUCGGUCUUAUUCUUCUCAUGCAUCUUCAGUGCAACUUAGAGCAAAGUAUCACGACUGCGUUAUAUUGGAUCGCAUAUAUCUCCUUAUACGUUUAUUUAUAAAAGAAUCGUACGUGAGAAUAUUGAAAACUCCUCUGUAUCUCGCAGCGGCGAGUGUUGUAAUAUUCGUGAGACUAUAGAGGAAUUUCUUCUAAAUUCCUUCUAAAUACUCCAAUUAAUCUCUGGCUUAAUUGAGCUUCGGCUAUCGAGCAUCCCGCUAUGUAAUCACAAGUGCGUGCAUAGGCAAGACCGAGAGAAAGCUCGCCGUUGCUAAAAAUAACCGUCUUCUCAUAAAAUGUGCGAUUCUGUUGAAUGGCAGAGUUGUCCUUAAUCGAUGUUACCGGUUUAUGGAUUGCCCGUCAGAACAAAUCUCGCUGCCUUUAGCUCUGCGCGAACUCGACGAAUUGCGACCUGUAGCAAAUCUCCUCAAUUCUCUAGACAACCGAAACGGUGAAUACUCAGCAGUGCUUAGGUGAUCUUCGUAAAAUUUACAAAAUAACAAAGAUUACUGUAAUAACCAAUCCUGGUAAAAUCAUGCAAAAAAGAUAUAAUUGUCUGAAUUUGAUGAAAUUAAUUUAUGUACGGCGAGAUGGCCACAUCAGGUAUUUUCUCCCGGAGAAAAGUUUCUUCCCGCGUUCUGCUUGUCUCCAGAAAUCUCUCUGUAGUGUCUCACGAGACACCGUAAUUGCCGGGGACGGUUUCAUCAGUGAGGAGCCGAUGCAACCCGGGUUACGAUCGCGUCUUUCCUCUUUGCAGUUUAUCCGAUGUUUAAGCAAUAUCUACAAUGAAAACUUAAGCCAUAAGACUUAAGCUUUAAGCCAUAAGAAAUUGACCAAUCACAAUGAAAUAUGAGGAAAAUAAUAAAAAAUCAGUGAUUAGUUAAUUUCUUAUGGCUUAAAGCUUAAGUUGCUUGAGUUCUCAUUAUAGACAUCGCUAUAUCGACCCUACAACGAUAAAGCACCGGCGAUUGCUCGAGUCGCGUCUCGGGGGAACGAGCGUUUCCCCGACGCGGCCACUUUUUCCCGCGGUGGCGCGGAUCAGAACGGGACGGGCAAGAAGCUGGGGACAGGAAACUCGUGAACGAGAAUCCUGUCUCCUCCACCUCCUCCUUCUCUGGAAAGGUAGAAGGAGGAGGAGGAGAAGGAUAUUCAGCCUCGCGCCGACUGCCUAUUUAUAUACCGCUGGUACUUAUCCGUCCGUCCGACCGACACGGUCCGGUCAGCUUCCAACGACGCGGCCCGGCGCCGCGUCCGUCUCGUUACCUUCUUAUUACACUCAUCCACUUUCUUGCUCGUUUUCCGCGCUACCACUGACUCGGCAACUCGUCCUCCACUGUCGGAGCGACGCGGCGCGGUUUUCUGCGCGACAUCUUUUCUCACAAAGAGCUCCUUAAGGCUUCUGGAAGGGGUCAAUCGUGAAUUUUUUCCUCUGGUGCGAACUCGUGAAAAAUAAAAAAUCUGAUCAUGGAAAUACAUGUAAAUGUUCACUUUUCGCAAAUUUACAUUGGAAGAAAGGAGUCGCCUCCAAGUACUGUAAAAUUAUUCACUUUUCACAUGCCUUCAUGCCACAAAAAUUACACGAUUAAUAAGUCAGAUCGAAUUCACGUGGAAAGAUUCAUAAUCGAUGCCUUGGCUAUUUGUUGCGGCCAUUUUGUUCGACGACGUCAGAAGCGAGGAAACGUAUGCCCAAAAUGCCCGCAAAGCACGUCGAAAUAAAAAAAUGCCACUUGCAAUUCUUUAAGCCUUUAAAAUACUCUGAACACUUCCGUUUUGUAUUCCGUUUUGUAAUAAUCGAUAAGUAACUGUAAAAUUAACAUUAUGUGUGACCUUUCUUCUUAACCUACAUUUUCUUAUUAAUCUGUCUCUCUCAUUUUACAAUCCAGACAGCACAAGAUCCCAGGGGAUGACCUGAGGACGUUCUCAAAACAUCUUUAAGAUGUCUUGUUCUGUAAGAUCUGUGCUGUUUUGGGAAUUGUUUAUUAAUCGUUAGAACAAAAGUGUUUGGGAUAUUUUGCAGGCGUGCUUAAUCGAUUGCAAAUGUCGUUUUUCGGAUAUAUCCUUUUAUUUCGAUAUAUUUUGCAGGAAUUUCGGCAUGCAUUUUCGCGCUUCUUCUGACGCCAUUAAUCAAGAUAGCUAUGGCGAAAAGCCAGGAGCCUUAAUAAUCAUGCUGGAAGCCGCACGUCGAACAGACGAACGCGAAAUGCUUUGCUCGCUUUUACGCGCGUCCCUCCUCUCUAUUUUUCUCUUAUUUCUUCCUCCUUUUCUUUACCUUCUCCCUGUGUCUCUGCCUCCCCUCCUCUCUCUCUCUCUCUCCUUCUUUUUCUCGCUCCUCAUCUUCUCAAUGCCGCGGAAAGUAUUACAGCUUCUUGACGGGGUCACGUUACUUUUGUUUUUUUAUCCUACGCCUUUCCUCCCUCCCUUCUUUCUUCCCUCGCGAUAAAUAUCCUCGCCGCAGGAGUCCUGAAAGUGGAAUGAAACGAACGACGGUGAUCAGUAUUAAUCACACUAAGUAAACGACGCCCGGUCGCGCAAUCAUUUUCUCGCGUAUCUCACUUGAUGCGCAUCCCCACGUAUGUACUCGCGCCAGAAUAACAUGUAAUUCUUAUCGAGAUAACGUAAGAAGCGAUGAGCUUUAUUGUUACGUUUUAAGGAAAAGCCGAGAAACUGUUGUGCCGCGCGGCGUGAACAUUCUUGUGUAUCUGCCACAGACAAUGCAACCUGUAGAGACUAUCCCCCUUUUUUCGCAAAAAUUCUGCGAAAAGUUGUAGAAAAUAAAUUAUUCUCAGCAAUGCAACCCAGAUGGAGACCUUUUUGCUCUCUUUGCAAAAAUUGUAAAGUGAAUACAAGGCGAACGUGAUGACUCAAUCGAAGACAAUCGCGUCAGAGAGCGGUGCGUUCUAUCGCAAACACGCCGACGACACAUUCUGAUAUAUUAUAUAUAUUAUACACGCCUUAUUAUACACAUAGGAUAUCCAGUUUCGUAGUCGCAUCGAGAAUGAAUAUUUCCUGCGGCGUUCUGCCAGCUCUAUCUUAUCCUUUAUUUGUUGCAUCACGAACAUUGUAGAUUUAAGUAGCUCAAGUUAUUCGUUUGUAUGGGUGUAGCGGAUGAAUGGGAUUAACGUUGAAGUCGUUGUCGAAAGGAUGAAACGAGCGAGUGAUUACGAACACGCAUUCGUUAAUAAUUGUGUUAUUAAAGCGUGCGACAAUAAGUCGGCGAAUCUCUUAGCUUGAGUUCGACUCGGCCCCCGAUCCUAUUCAUUCGCGAUCAUUAUGCACAUUAAUAUUGUAAUUAGUUAAAUAGGAUUACGGCACGAGACACAUGAACGUCGGUGAGACGAAAGGUCGAAAACUUGUCUGCGUGAAAGAGACUUUGGUGUAAUUCUAGAGAAGCACCGUUUCUACUUUUGUGUCGGGGACUUCAUCUUACACGAAUUAUAAUCUGCACUUUGAACGCGUCAAAAAGACAUGGUUUACUGGGGACCACGAUCUAACAAAUACUUGUAAGCCUGCGAGAUUAGACUUCUUAGAUAUUUUACUGAAAGAUAUUAAGUUUCAAUAUGUGUACCCCCUCUUCUCUUAUAUAUAUAUAUAUAUAUAUAUAUAUAUAUAUAUAUAUAUAUAUAUAUAAUAUUUACAGCGCGUUAUGUAUGUGCAAUAUAAAUAUAAAUAAAAAAGAAUAUAUAUAUAUAUAUAAAUGAUUGUUUAUGAGAUCACACGCGCCGAAUGCUAUCCGGGCUGACAUAGAAAUCCACGUUAGUUCUUUCAUAUAUGACAUAAAGAUCCACAUUAGUCUUACUCUUAUUGAGAUUUGUAAAUAUUCAAUAUUAGUAUUAAUCGUUAGGCAUAAUUGUGAAAACGAAAGGAGCAACGCACAUCGAGCAAGUUUUACACAUUGUUUUCUGUUACUCUUAUUUAACUACGUUCGUGCGCGUCGAAAAAGCAUAGAGUAUCCCCCUGGAAUAUUGUUAUCCCCUUUGCUUCUUCCCUUAUAUUCGAGAUCGCUGGAUCUGUUCUCUUCACGCUCGUUCGCGUUCCCUUAUCCCAGAUAGACAUAUUUUAGCAUAUUGUCUGAGUAAUGAAUUGAGAAUUAAAAAUUGUAGUGCAAAUGCGUAAAAACGUGUCAUAAAACAAGAAUUUUGUCAGUAUGUAAAAGAAGGCAUCUGAUGCUACGAAAAUUGUUAUUUAUUUGCUGGCAAGAGACCGCAAAUAUGAUCUGAAAUUUAAUCUAGUAAUUAGAAGUAAACGUUUUGAUUCCAAAUAUGGUGUAAUAUGAAAUGGUAUUUCUUAAAAUAAUAUCUUUUAAACAUGUGCUCCUGCAAUAGUAUGACAAGGUAUACAUUAAUUGUUUGCAUACCAUGUUCAGCAUAUCUGUCUAUCUAGGAUAUCUAUCCAAAGCAUGAGCAUAUACUUGUCUCGUUUUAAAUACAGGGAGCGCGUUGAAGCAUCAUUGUAAUCGAAUGGAUCAUGCGUUUAAAUAUUCGUCACUUUUAGGACUCGCACGAACGCGGUUGUUAUUAUACAUAUAUCCUUAGAUAAGCUAAGGGGAUUUGGCGUAUCUGCUAAGUUUGUUGUUUUAUCUACGAUGUAAGAUGUCUGACGUCGUCUGUUGUUGACGCGUCUUUAACAACAUUGUACAGUAUAUAUUAUUAUUAUCUUCCCACACGCGCAUACACAUACACAUACACACACACACUUCCUUAUGUUAUACCGUUGCGUUCGAUUGUUAUCGUACAUUAUGAUGACACGCUGAUCAUAGUUAUAAUCAUUAAAUUGUUAAAUUGUCGUCUCAGAUUAUUGCAGCUAUAGUUAAUAAUAUAUUAUUAUGUCAUCAUGACCGACACGUAAUGUUAUAUGUAAAGGUUAAGAAUCAUUUUAUUAAAACUGUCAAUUAAGAUAUAA